CGCUCAGGCGCUCAGCUGCUGCUGGCUUCGAACUUUGUUUGGUUGAUUGGUGCUGGUGACUGAUGUUGAUUUUUUAUGCGAAAAAAUAUUACUAGUUGGAUGCAUGAAGCGAACAGACAGUAGAGAGAGAGGAAAGCCGUUGCUUUAGCUUCGGUUCUCUCCGAGAACUCCUCCCGCGACGCACACAACUGUAGUAGUACACAAGGCGAGAAGCAGCUCCGAUCUCUGUGUGUCGGCGGCGAGAUUUUGGGGGCGUCCGGGGAGAGGGAGGGAACGUGGUGGGGGCGAGGUCCAUGCCCGCCACCUCGGUUGCGGCGUGAGGCGACCGGAGGAGAGGGGGAAGUGAAGGGGGGUGAUGACGGGGGUGGUGGUGGUCUCCAGCGCGGGGUGCAAGGGCGGCGGGCGGAAGCGGAGCUCCGGCGGCGGGGGCGGGGAGGAGGAGCGGCGGCGGCGGCGGGCCGCGGUGCUGGAGCUGCUGCUCGCGGCCGUGCGGCGCUCCGUGGUGGCGUGCCGGGUGGAGCGCGGGGCCGCCGCCGGGGCCGGAGCGGGGUGGGCGGCGGAGGAGGGCGCGCCGGAGGACGCGGCGGCGGCGGCGGAGGAGCUGCGGGAGAUGGAGAUCGGCUGGCCCACGGACGUCCGCCACGUCGCGCACGUCACCUUCGACCGCUUCCACGGCUUCCUCGGCCUCCCCGUCGAGUUCGAGGACGCGAUGCCGUGCCGCGUGCCCAGCGCCAGCGCCAGUGUUUUCGGUGUCUCAGCUGAAUCAAUGCAAUGCACCUAUGAUGGCAAGGGCAAUUCGGUUCCCACUAUAUUGCUGCUCAUGCAAGAGAGGCUGUAUGCCCAGGGGGGCCUAAAGGCCGAGGGGAUAUUUCGCAUUAAUCCAGAGAAUGACCAAGAGGAGCACGUGAGGGACCAGCUAAACAAAGGAGUUGUGCCAGAGGACAUUGAUGUUCACUGUUUGGCCAGCCUGAUUAAGGCAUGGUUCAGGGAGCUUCCAGAAGGUGUGCUCGACGGCCUCUCUCCCGAGCAAGUGCUGCAGUGCAAUUCUGAAGGGGAGUUCCUUGAGCUUGUGACGCUCUUGCGCCCCACUCCGGCAGCACUUCUCAAUUGGGCUGUUGAGCUCAUGUCUGAUGUUGUUGAGGAGGAAGAGCUCAACAAGAUGAAUGCUAGGAACAUAGCCAUGGUAUUUGCGCCCAACAUGACACAGAUGUCAGAUCCAUUGACGGCCCUGAUGCAUGCUGUCCAAGUCAUGAACUUUCUCAAGACAUUGAUCCUGAGGACACUCCGGGAGCGUGAUGAUGCAGCCACUGGAGGGGCGUACACUCCAUACUCCUCUCCAGCGUCAUCCAGCCGGCAUGACGCAGCUGAAUGCUGCUACAAUAGUGAGCAGGACAUGGAUAGGAGCUGUGAGCUGAGCGACAUGCAUAGCCAGAUCAGCAAGUCUGGGAGACAUGCUGAUUACCUCAUGAGGUACAACACCUGUUUUGACAUUGAGCAAGAAAUCGAUGAUCAUCUGAGUGAGGUCGAAGAAGGGUCCCCGCGUAGUCUGGAGCACGAUAUUGAAGCGGACAUACCCGAGGAAAGUGCAAGAGAACAACGUGAAAUGGACUCGCAGGAAGAAGGUUUGGAAUCCAUGGCAUGAUGGGGAAUUAUGUAUUUGCAGCUGGUUGAUCUUGUGAAUUACUGACCAAUGGAUCCAUUUUUCAACAACUGGUUGAAUGUGUAACUGCUGUGGUUCUAAAUGUUUAAUUCAUGAUGGAAGAUCCUGAAUAUGGGUAUACAUGUACGAUGUACCCUUGGGACAAUAUUUGGAAAUGACCAUCAUGUGCAAGUUAAUGCUAACACGAGCCUGUGACUAUAUCUAA